CACAGUCGUGUUAAUGUGUGAGUAAUAUUAUUCGCCUCGGCCAACGGAAGUCUCAUUGGAGACCAAAUCGAUUAGCAACACUAUGUUGACGCUUUCAUUGUGUAUAUGAAGUUAAAACAGUCAUAUUAUAUGUUUAAACACCAUAACUAACCUCUUAUUUUACAAAUGUCUAGUAUAUAUUGAUACAGAAAUGUAUAGUGUGUAAUAUUGCUUGCCAAAUAGUGAUAAAAUGAUAAUAUCCAAUACGAUUGAGUGGAUAGUGUACGCGUCCGUUUAUUGACUCGAACAGAUUAUAACUGAGGAUACAUGUGUGCGUUCAUAAAUGUGAAGAUAAGCAACACAGAUUACAAACUCUGAACAACAUUGGUUGGUUAUGUGAAACGUUUGCACUAUGCAUAUACAUUCAUUUCAUUACUUUAUUCAUACGUGAAGCGCUUACACAUAAACUGUCGCUCUUGAUAAGAACAAUAAACACGUAGACUCAGUUUGACGUUCGCAGUGUUAUGGUGAUUUUGUUAGUUUUGCCGAAAAUAUCCAAUAAAAAUGUGCAAUAAUACAAAAUGUGACAAAGUUCCCGUGAAAGAAAUUCCAAGUGAUACACGGAUCGGUAAUCUCAUAAAUAUUUUUCGUGAAGAAUAUGAUGCCGAACCGGACUUCAUUGUCAAAGUCCCGGGGCGGGUAAAUAUUAUUGGUGAACAUAUCGAUUAUUGCGGGUAUCCAGUGUUACCUUUGGCUUUAGAGCAGGACAUAUUAAUAGCGAGUAAAAAAAUAAGUAAACUUGAAUUAUUUAUCAGAAAUUCUGAUAAGAAGUACCGCAAAUAUUAUACACAAAUAAAUACAUUCGAAGAUAUUGUAAUACAGUCAGAACCUCAAUCAAAACCCGAAUGGUAUAAUUAUGUACUAUGUGGUAUUAAAGGAGCUUUGGAAUAUUUAAACAAUGAGAUUUUUUAUGGAAUGCAAUUCUUGGUUGAUGGUAACAUUCCUCCAGCAUCCGGUUUAUCCAGUUCCUCUGCUUUGGUCAGUGCUGCAUGUCUCUCUUUCCUUCAUGGACAAGACGCCCCUACUAAUAAAACUGAAAUAGCUUCCUUAUGUGCAAGAAGUGAAAGAUAUAUUGGUACUGUAGGUGGUGGUAUGGACCAAGCUAUAGCAUUUCUUGCUGAAAAAUAUAGCGCGCAAUAUAUUACAUUCAGACCUCUCAAAGCGGAACCUGUAGCUCUCCCGGAAAAUGCAGUUUUUGUUGUGGCUCACAGUUUAGCAGAAGCUAACAAAGCGGCCACAAAUGAUUUUAAUAGGCGAGUUAUAGAAUGUAGAUUAGCUGCUAAAUUACUAGCUGAGGCUAAUGGUCAGGCAACAGGCAAAAGGAUCGUCACUUUGAGCGAAGUGCAAACUCUUUUAGGUAAGAGUUUAGAAGAAAUGAUAGCUCUCGUAAAAGAAGUUUUAUUUAAAAAUGUUUAUAUGAAACACGAAAUAUGCGACAAAUUAAAUUUAACGGAAACUGAAUUGAAUGAUAUCUACCUAACACCGAACACACGAAACUUGACUGAAUUUAAAUUAAAGCAAAGGGCUCUUCACGUUUACGAAGAAGCAAGCCGGGUUGAAUCGUUCCGAAGUAUAUGUGAAGAUUUAUCGAAAGAUAACACUACUCAUAAUGGAAGGAAUGGCUCAGUGACAAAUGGUAAUGGUAGUGCUACUUCUUUCGACAGUCUACAUGUUCUAGGUGAACUUAUGUCGGCAAGCCAUAAAAGUUUGAAAGAGCUUUACGAAUGUUCACAUGAAAACCUAGACCACCUCGUAGACAUAUCAAAACAGAUGAACGUCCAUUCUCGCCUAACUGGAGCCGGGUGGGGAGGUUGUAUAGUAGCAUUAUGCCCGAAAGAACGUGUCAAAGAAUACAUAGAGAUGCUCAUUGAUAAGUUUUAUAUACAAUAUUGUAAUAUAGACAAGAAUCAAGUACAUAAGUAUGUAUUCGCUACAACCCCAAAUCACGGUGCCAUAAUUUAUAAAUAAAUAAAUUUAUAAAUAAUCCCCAAAACCAAAUACAAUAUCAAAAUACGGCGUAGUUAAUGUUUCUUUAUUUAUUGAAUAUAAAAAGAAUAUGAAACAUUAAAUACAUUCUAUGUAAUACAAAACUUUGUUAUUAUGUCACCGCAAAAUAAUGAAUAUCAUAUAUGUCGUCCGUUUCUAAACUGUCUUGUUUGAUUUUUUGAUUUCCGGUUUGAUACA